CAUCCCUGGGCGGAGAAGUCGGCACCGCCUCCUUCCUCUUUCUUCAGGCGAACAUGGCUGCAGCCGCUGUCUGCUCGGCCGUGAAGAUUGGAAUUAUCGGAGGGACGGGUCUGGAUGAUCCUGAGAUAUUAGAAGGUCGAACAGAGAAAUACAUUGAUACACCAUUCGGAAAGCCAUCAGAUGCACUGAUUUCAGGAAAGAUAAAAAACGUUGACUGUGUGCUUCUAUCCAGGCAUGGGAGGCAUCAUUCUAUCAUGCCAACAAACAUCAAUUUCCGUGCCAAUAUGUGGGCACUAAAAGAAGAAGGUUGCACUCAUCUAUUAGUGACUACUGCCUGUGGCUCAUUACGAGAAGACAUUCAGCCUGGAGAUCUUGUUAUAAUUGACCAAUUCAUAGACCGGACAACAAAGAGGCAUCUCACGUUUUAUGACGGGUCUAAUUCCUGCCUCCCAGGAGUGUGCCAUGUUUCCAUGGCAGAACCUUUCUGUGCCAAAACAAGAGAAGUUCUUCUGGAUGUUGCCAAAAAGCUUGGAAUCAAGUGUCACUCAAAGGGAACAGUAAUUACAGUGGAGGGACCACGUUUUAGUUCUCGGGCUGAAAGCUUGAUGUUUCGCAGCUGGGGAGCUGAUGUUAUCAAUAUGACGACAGUCCCAGAAGUCAUUCUGGCAAAGGAGGCGGGAAUCUGCUAUGCGAGUAUUGCUAUGGCAACAGAUUACGACUGCUGGAAAGAACAUGAGGAAACGGUCUCAGUGGAUAGAGUUCUAAAGACACUGAAGGAGAAUGCAAAUAAAGCAACUAGUUUGCUACUCACUGCCAUACCUCAGAUUGGAUCCAUGGAAUGGUCAGAAACCCAUCAGAACUUGAAAGUAAUUUGA